AUGUUUUGUCGAGACUGGGAUUGGAGAGGUGUUCCGGCAUUGUUUCGCUGGCUGAGUAAAAAGUAUCCGAAGAUCAUUCUGCCAGUGGUCGAAGAAGACGAGGUGAAGGUCCCGGACAGCGAGGGCAUUGAGGUUGCUGUGCCCGUCGAUAUCUCCCGGCCUAACCCCAAUGAAGUAGAGUUUGACAACCUCUACCUCGAUAUGAACGGCAUUGUCCACCCGUGCACGCAUCCUGAGGGGAAGCCUGCCCCGGAAACUGAAGAGGAAAUGAUGCUUGAGAUCUUCCAGUAUACUGAACGCGUAGUCAACAUGGUCCGUCCGCGCAAGCUGCUCUUCAUGGCCAUCGACGGUGUUGCACCACGAGCGAAGAUGAAUCAGCAGCGGUCCCGUCGGUUCCGGUCCUCUCAGGAGGCAAAGGAGAAAGAGGAGGCACGGAAGGAGGCAGUCGCUAUGUGGGAAGCUAUGGGCAAGACACUUAGCGAAGACGAGAAGAACAAGAAGUCGUGGGAUUCCAACGCCAUCACGCCGGGAACACCUUUCAUGGACUUGCUUGCUUCCUCUUUGCGCUACUGGGUAGUGCAGAAGAUGAACACAGAUCCCGGCUGGAAAGAGAUACAAGUCAUCAUUUCUGAUGCUGGCGUGCCCGGAGAAGGGGAGCACAAAAUCAUGGACUUCAUUCGGCGUCAACGGGCAAACCCUGGUCAUGACCCGAAUACACGGCACGUAAUCUACGGACUGGAUGCGGAUCUGAUCAUGCUGUCUUUAGCCACUCACGAGCCACACUUUAGGGUAUUGCGAGAAGAUGUCUUCUCUCAGUCCGGGAGUGCGACUGCUUGCCGUAUCUGUGGCCAAGAAGGGCAUUACGCCGCUCAAUGUACGGGCACCAAAGCAGAGGUGCAAAACAAGCCUGUCGAGAAGAAACCGUUCAUCUUCCUCGAUGUUGCUACGCUGCGCGAAUAUCUCGAAGCAGAACUUCGCGUGUCAAACGCACCUUUUCCAUUCAACUUAGAACAGGCCAUCGAUGAUUGGGUCUUCCUCAUCUUCUUCGUGGGGAAUGACUUCCUGCCUCACUUGCCAUCGCUUGAGAUCAGGGAAGGUGCGAUCGAUACGUUGCUCAAAAUCUGGAGAGAAGAGCUUCCGCGGAUGGGCGGUUAUCUGACCAAUCAUGGUCAAGUCGAGCUCUCGAGAGCAGAGAUCAUCCUCGAGGGUCUCGCUAAGAGAGAAGAUGACAUCUUCCGGCGUCGACGUGAAGCUGAGGAACGUCAGGAACAGAAUACCAAACGCCGUAAAAUCGAAAGGGACAUGGCUGCUAACGGCGCGGGGCCGUCGGCUUCGUUGAAUCUCACUGCUACACCUAUCGCGCCUGCUACACCACCUACGGCUUCCGCUCCUAUGCACCACCCUCUUCCCCCUAAACCUACGAACUCAGACAGCAUUGGCAUGGGCGGGCCAAAAGACGCCGAGUCCGCUUUACAUGCUCCUACAGCGGCCCAGGCGUUGGCCGGCUCGAAUCGUGACGUCGUCGCGAAUAGACGCGCCAUCCGUAUGGCCAACAUGAGUGCUGCUGAGAUGCUGAAGGCUGAGCUCGCCGGCCUGCAGCCGUUGAAACCGAAGUCGACGAAAUCCCCUCCUGCUGUCACGAAGCCUGAUUCUACGACUCCUGCCGCCUCUGUCUCUGCUCCUGCCGCUCCGCCUGCGUCCCUGCCUACCCAGCCUGACAUGAAGAUUGACGAAGAGGAUGUCCCUGGAUUGGGCGCGCCUACUAGCCCAGAGUUCGAGCCCGAUCCCGCCGCUGUCCCGAACAGCGAGACGCUCGCGCAAAGCGAUGAGAUGGAUGCUGACGGCAUUCCGGACCCAUCUGUCCAGUCGGAAGAAUUCACUAUGUCUGUUGAUGACGGCCCCCGAGGGCGCAAACGUAGCAUUGAUGACGUCGAGGCGGAUGAAGUGCCUGAGGAUCUCGGAGACGAGGACGAGGAUGAUGCUCCUGUAUCGACGUCGUUGACUAUGAAAGUCAACGCUGACGGGACUGUUGAGCAGGAGGAUGUUGUGAAGCUGUGGGAACCGGGCUACAAGGAACGGUACUACCAGCACAAGUUUGGCGUUGAGCAUAGCGAUGCCAACUUCAGAAAAGAGAUCACUACCCGAUACAUGGAAGGGUUAGCCUGGGUUCUGCAAUACUACUACCAAGGGACGCCCUCCUGGCAGUGGUAUUAUCCCUUUCACUUCGCACCCUUCGCGGGCGAUUUUGAGGAGGUAAGACACACGCAAAUCGACUUCAAGCUCGGUCAACCGUUCAAGCCGUUCGAGCAAUUGAUGGGUGUCUUCCCUGCUGCUAGUCGCAUGCACAUCCCUGAAGCCUUCCAUCAUCUCAUGACUGAGGAGACAUCUCCUAUCAUCGACUUUUACCCUCCCAGCUUCGAGGUCGACAUGAACGGCAAGAGAAUGCUGUGGCAGGGUGUCGCACUGCUUCCCUUCAUCGACGAGAAGCGUCUACUUGGUGCAAUGGCCGAGCAUUAUCCCAAGAUCACUGACGACGAAAAGCGUCGCAACAGGUGGGGUAACGAUGUUAUGUUCGUUUUCGAGGAUCAUACGUUAUAUCCAUCACUCGAGGCAUUGUAUGGCAAGCGCGAUAAGAACGAGCCUAUGCCAAUCGACGUCAAGGCCAGCAAGGGCAUCAGCGGCAGCUUACUGCCCAAUCCUGAUUGUAUCCCCGGGUCGCACUAUUACUCCCCAUUAACCAGCGUAAAUUUGCCUGACAUCAAGGGCGAUCGAUCCCUCUCCGCUCUCUACUUCUUCCCGAAGCAGUUGACGCCGCAUCGUUCCGUCCUGCUUCCGGGUGUCCGACGACCGCGACCUGUCCUCACCGAAGAGGACAGAGAAAGCGCUAAGCGGGGUGGUCGCGGCCGCGGACGAGGCGGCUACGACAACCGUGCUACUCUACGCGGCAUGUCCCAUGGCUCCAAUGGCCGUGACCACGGUGGACGUAACGACUACCGGGACGGGUCUUCGCAUCGCGGGUCCUCAUACCAGGGAGGCUACUCGAAUGGCCCAUCUAAUCAGUCGUACUCAUCCUACUCGAAUCCGUCCUACAACUCUCGCGGUGGCUCCGGCACUGGCUAUGGAGCGCCCCGAAGCAGGGGUGGACCUAGAGGCCGUGGUGGCUACGACUCGGGCAACUCGUAUGGAGGCAACUACGGUAAUGGUGGAGGAUACGGUGCAGCCAACGGCCGAGGCGGUGGCUACGGAGGCAGAGGUGGUUAUAGAGGUUACAGCGGCGGUGGCGGUGGUAGCGGCGGUUACGGAGGAAGCGGAGGAGGGUAUGGCGGGUCCGGCAGCAAUGGCUACGGAGGCUAUGGCACUGGUGGUGGCUAUCCUGCAAACAAUGGCUACGCUGCUGGAGGAGGAGGCUACGGUGGUUAUGGCGGUGGUGCCGCCGCCGCCGGUGGUGAUGGUGGUGGUUAUGGAGGUGCCCCGCAGAAUGGCUAUGGUUCGUAUGGUGGCGGCGGUGGCGCUCACAACCGUGGAGGUGGAUUCAACUCUCGCGGACGAGGGAGAGGCUAUUGA